AGCGCCAGUUCAGUUACUCUCACUAAUUAGACGAUGUUUCUCUAUUCUCUGCCGGUGUUGAUUUUAUUUCUAAAACUUAAGAUAAACAGCCAAGAGAAAAAUCUUAGAGAGUAUUGAAUAUGAAACCAGUAGUCUCUGUCUUUUUGUCUUUUCUGGUCAUUAUUUUUUUUCUAUUUUAGAGACUAUUUGUGCUAAAUAUCGAAUUGAUGUAAUGAGAUAUGAUGAAUUUUUUAAAACUGUAUUGCACCAAACAUUAAGCCAAUUAAUAUGUGAUUGUCGCAAAAAAACACGUAAAACAGCAUUACCAACAACGAUUGUAAAUGCACAAAAUCAAAUUCCACCACCACAACAAACAUCGACCACUGUUGCUAAUCCAUCAACAGCAACAGUAACAACAAUUAGUGAUAAUAGUGCUUAA